AUGGCUCGUCAAGCGGCAUGGCUAGAGGCCAUCGAGAAGAGAAUAUCUGUUACGUCGCAGAUGCUAGGCAGCAUCAAGGGCGUCAAGAUGUGUGGACUGACCGACGUGCUUAGCACUCGUAUUCACAACCUGCGAAACGACGAGUUGCGUAUUUCCGGCAAAUUCCCAUACCUGGCUCCUAUCUUUGCCCCAAUCCUCACUUUUGCAACGUACAGUCUUGUCGCCCAGUCACGGGGAGGAGAUAACAACCUGGACGUAAACCGCAUGUUUACGUCUUUAUCACUGUUUGCACUGUUGAAUGAGCCUAUUUCUUCGUUUGUUACGUCGUUGUCCUCCUUGAUGGGGUCCGUCGGGAGCUUUGCGCGUAUACAAGCUUUCCUCAACACAGACAUCCGCAUCGACAGCAGAAUCAUCUCAUAUGAUGACAAGAGCGGAGGCCCAUCAACCCCAAUUUCUCUCCGCAGCGAACAGGAGAAGGAUUCGGUAUCGUCCGAGAAGGAGCCUAACACUGCCCAGAGAGGCCCAUUGCCGGUCGAUUCUCUGGACGGCAACUGUAUCGUUGUCAAAGCAGGCGCUUUUGGAUAUGAUUCUACCCAGAAACCCAUCCUCAGUGGCAUCACCGCUCAUGUUCCACCGGGCAAUCUUACCCUUGUCGUGGGGCCAGUGGGAAGUGGCAAGUCAACUCUCCUCAGGGCAUUUCUCGGAGAAGUGGCAGUCACAGCAGGAUCUAUUCAUGUGAUGGACUCGGAAAUCGCCUACUGCGACCAAACUCCCUGGCACAUGAACGGCACCGUGCGAGACAGCAUCAUCGGCUUCUCACAUGCCGACGAACGUUGGUACCAAAAGGUCCUACAGGCUUGUUCUCUGACAGAAGAUCUCGGCCAACUGCCCAACGGCGAUCUCAGUAGGAUUGGGAGCAAGGGGAUCGCUCUCAGCGGAGGUCAGAGCCAGCGGGUCAGUCUAGCGAGAGCUGUCUACGCACAAAAGAACAUUGUCCUACUUGACGAUGUCUUCAGUGGUUUGGAUAUGCACACUGAGAACGCUGUCUUCCAUAGCCUACUCGGCACUGAUGGCCUCUUGCGACAGUCGAAUACAACCGUCAUCAUGGCGACUUCUCGUGCAAAUCGACUUUCCUACGCAGACCACAUCAUCAGCCUCGACGGUACUGGUGUAGGAUGUGUACAGGGAAGCUUUGACAAGUUGACCAAAGCGGACAACUACGUGUCCCGCUUGGCUGUAGGGUCCGCGAAUUGGACCUAUAGCCAAGCAACUUCGGUCUCUUCGUCAGAACCUUCGGCUGAUGCGUUGCUGGAUGCAGAGGUACUCCUCUCGGAGGAAGCCAAGGAUGGCGCUGGUCGUCGCACUGGUGACAUGGCAAUAUACCUAUACUACAUUCGCGCCAUCGGCUGGGUUCCAAGCUUGAUCUUCGUCUUUGCCAUAUGCGCCUUUAUAGUCUGCCAAUCCUUCCCCACUAUCUGGCUCAACUGGUGGGCCGCCGCCAAUGCUAAAGACCCCUUUGCACGUCUGGGUUAUUACCUGGGCAUCUACGCGAUGCUAGGUGGGCUCGCGAUUAUCUUCCUAGUCCUCAGCACCUGGCAGAUGGUCGUCACCAUGGUGCCGUUGUCGGGCAACAGCUUCCACCAGAGUCUUCUCAAGACGGUGCUCAACGCCCCCAUGUCCUUCUUCGCUGCUACAGACGCUGGCGUCACCAUCAACCGCUUCAGCCAGGAUCUUCAGCUCGUCGACAUGGACCUGCCACUGUCAGCGCUGAAUACCUUUGCCACGUUUGUGUUGUGCAUCGCUGAGAUGGUUCUGAUCUCUGUAGGUUCGUACUACACAGCCAUCGCUUUUCCCUUUCUGUUCGUCGCGUUGUGGGUGGUCCAGCAUACAUACCUUCGGACAUCUCGGCAGCUCAGAUUCAUGGAUCUUGAGGCAAAGAGCCCGCUGUACGCCCUCUUCACAGAAUCUAUCGCUGGACUUGCGACACUGCGUGCCUUCGGCUGGCGUGAUGCACUGGAGAAGAAGCAUCAUGACCUUCUAGAUCGGUCUCAGAGACCGUUCUAUCUUCUCUACGCGGCUCAGAGAUGGUUAACCCUUGUUCUUGACUUGUUUGUAACAGUCAUUGCUGUACUGGUCGUGGUGCUUGUCACACAGUUGAGAGGUGUGCUGCCGACUGGGUUGAUCGGCGUGGCUCUUGUCAAUAUCAUUCAGUUUAGUCAGCACCUAAAGCUACUGAUGACAUUCUGGACGACCUUGGAGACGCAUAUCGGUGCAAUAUCCAGGAUCAAGUCGUUCACGUCUGAGACUGCCUCGGAACACGAGCCGCAGGAGAAGGAACAGCCGCCAUCAAUAUGGCCAUCAAAGGGCCAGAUUGUCUUCGACAAUGUUUCUGCCGGAUAUACGCCGUCUGAGAAUGUCUUGAAGAGUAUAUCCUUAUCGAUCGAGGCAGGUCAGAAAAUUGGCAUUUGCGGACGAACCGGAAGCGGUAAAAGUUCCAUGGUCUCUUGUCUUUUCCGUAUGGUGGACCUUCACAAUGGUAGAAUCCUCGUAGACGGGCUCGACAUUAGCACGCUUCCCCGUGAACAAGUUCGCACUCGACUAGUUGGCGUGCCUCAAGAUGCAUUCCUCAUCGAAGGAAGCAGCGUGAGGCUGAACGCGGACCCUGCUCAGGCACUCUCAGAUGCUGCCAUUGAAGACGCCAUGAGGGCCGUUGAGCUCUGGGACAUUGCAGCUGAGAAAGGCGGCCUUGAUGCGCCCAUUGAAGAGCUUCACCUCUCCCAUGGCCAGAAGCAGCUCUUCUGCAUUGCACGCGCUAUCCUGCGCCCUUCGCCUAUUGUAGUCCUGGAUGAAGCUACCAGCAGUGUUGACUCGCAUGUUGAUAAGCUUGUGCAGCGUGUCAUACGUGAGCGGUUUGAGAAUCGCACAGUUAUUGCAAUCGUGCACAAGCUCCAGUCAGUCCUACAGGACUUUGACAUGGUAGCCGUGCUUGACAAGGGUGAAUUACUAGAAUUUGGACCUCCACGACAGCUUCUGGAACAGGGGCCUGAAAAUUCUGCAUUUGCUGCUUUGUAUGCGAGUCUAGAUACAGGAAACGAGGAAGCACCGCAAGAAUGA